UCGUUCGUUCGUUCGUUCGUUCGUUCGUUCGUUUCUUUUCUACGAAGAUGGACUUGCCGAAAAUGUGUAUCGUUAUUCCGAUAGCUUCGAUCCUAACAAAUCGAUCUUCCUACCGACCUUUUGUUCCUAAACCUCCUUUCGUAUUACCUUUAUUAUAUCGAGUAUUAAUCCUUAAACUCUCGACACGGUAUCGUUUCCUGGAGGAGGAAGAACAUCGGGAAAGCUACAGGGCAUUUCUGAUUUCGUAAACUGUGUUCCUUGGUUGAAAUACGAUAUUGCUCUUUCGUCAUCUACGUGCCUCAAAAAGGAUUCCACUCGUCGAUGCUCUCGUGUCGUUUAUCUUUUCUUUCGUAGUGCUUCUUUCUUACCACGGUCGUAUGAAUUUAUAAACGAGAAAAGGAUUAUUUUCCGCGCGCGCGUCAGAUUUCAUUUCAGUUAGAAUUAUUGGUUUGUCGUAGUGUUAAUUGUAUAUGAAGAAAAUGGUGUCGACACGUCAAUCAAGUAGCAUAGGUGCAAAUAAUGGAGGAGGUACUGUUAACGACGUCAGGGAAGUUAGUCCGUCGAGGAAACAUCAGGCUUCGUCCUCAGCAGGACCUUCCAGCACGUCUUCUUCAGUUUCUCCUCCUUCGAUAUGCAACUUAAGCCUUUUUGAUUUGCCGGUUGAAAUCAUUGAGAAGAUCUUUAGUUAUUUGAAUUAUAACACGGUAGCACAUUUACGUCCAGUUUCUCAUCAAAUGGAUCGUGUCUGUGGAAACAUUCUCAAUUCGGCAUUUCAAAAACUGCAAGCACAAAUGUUGAGUCGCUUUCAAGCGAUCAAAUCUCAAAUGCCUAGACGUGAAUCCGCGCGUCGUAAUCAUCCAUUAGCAUGCGAAUCGGAUAUUAUAGAAACUUUACAUAUGCGACUUACUUUACUUCAAAUGUGUUUCGGUAAACAUAUAGAGAGAAAACAUUGUUGCUUUUUUCCUGGAGAGAUAUUGGAUGAAGUUUUUCGUAUAUUACAUUAUAUAAAGAUUACUCCAAAAUUAGCACGACCUUACAAAGUCACAGAUGAAUUAUUUGAUUUGAGUACUAUGGCUAUGGAAUAUUUUAAAGAACGAAUUGAGCCAAUGUUACCAGAAAUUCCUUAUUUUGGAGCUGAUUUUCUGGAUUUAGCAGGGACAUUUCCUUCAGCUAGUAAUGUUAGUAAACCAUUUAUGUGCCUGGAUUCUGCGCCCCUAAGUGUUGGAAGCAGUAAAGCGGGGAGUGGUAGUGGAGAGGAAGGUUCUCCUCCACAUUCCUCCGAAGAUCCUGCUCUCUUAGAAACGAAUGUUUCACCUCCACAAUCAAACAUGGUAUUACGGAAACGGAUUCGUAAAAUAAAACAAGGAAUGAAGAGAUAUAACAGUCAAUUGACGUUGAUGCGUAGGGAUUUAAGGAGUUGUAAAGCGAAAAUAGCCGAGCAACAGAAACAAAUUGUAGAGUAUGCUACGCGUCUCGACGACAAUGACAAAAAGAAUGAAGAGACAUCUCGCAAGUUUAGCACACUACUACAGGAAUUAAAUAAAUGUAAGACGGAACUUCAAUAUUGGCGGUCUAAGUCCCCUGCGAUACCUGUUUGCGUUGGUUGUGGUCAAUCUAUGCCAGUACCUACGGAAGAUCUACAGGCUUUAGUUAAUCAAGGAGUAAUGCCAGAGGUAUUUGGAGAAGGAUUGGAUUUUAUCCCUAUAGCGGAUGCACAUAGUCCCACGGAAGUUGUUCCACAAGCAACCGUGACGCAAUCACCAUCGCCAGCAGCUCCUUCGGAACCUGCUGAGAUGGCACCUCCUAAAACACCUAUACCAACGGAUUCCUUAAAACGGAAAUCUAGCGUGGACGAAACACCGAGCGACGCUACGAAAAAACCACGUCGUACUGCCAAGUCUCGUCAAGCUAAACGCUCAAAGCUGUAAAUUGAUUCUGAUCAUGGUACAAAUAUCUAUUCUUAUAUCUCUGAUCGGUUUUUCCAAGAGAAGGUAUUUCAUUCUUCUUAUUUUUCUUUAUUCUCUGCAUUACGAAAAAUCACAUUAGAAAAUGGCACGUUCUGUUACGAAGACAAACAGCAGGUGGUGGAUGAUCUUAGAAAAGUACAAAAUUCUUUCCCGAUCGUCCUACAACGUGCUUCGCAUGCAACGAACCCCCCGUUUUGGAAAUUAAUAUAUUAUUCGAUUAGUUGUUAUUUUUUCCAUUCUACGGACGCACGGCGGUGAUCGAUGCAGCUAGCUUAAAGUUUAUUUAUAUUUAAAAGAACGAACAUACUCUCUUACGAUGAUGAUUGAUCACAAUGGUAUCUGCAUAUAUUCUAAACGAUAGUACAUUUUUUUCCAACAUUUUCUCGUAACGCAACGCGUCUAUCUUUCCAACCUUCUUUCGAAGACUUCUUAGAGUAUUCUCUAUUAAUAUCAUAAUCGCCAUGGUAUAUCCGAGGUUUACGGAAGGCAUUUGACAUCUUGUUUGUCGACCCAAAGAAUUUCAUUUCUAUUUUUUCUCUUUUUUCUUUUUUCUUUUUUCUUUUUUUUCUUUUUUUCCCACUUUUUUUUUUUUUAAACAUCGCUCCACGUCAUUUAAAAACAACAUGAAAUUGUCUGUUAGAAAUGUCGAGAUAGAAUUUCGAGAGAAUAUCAACAAACGAAAUUUACCUUCUGUUCUCCUUGGACAAGUAACGAACGAGUACCGAAUUCGUAUCUUGUUUUUAACGUGAUAUAAUAAUAAUAAUAAUAAUAAUAAUAAUAAUAAUAAUAAUAAUAAUAAUAAUAAUAAUAUUAAUAAUAAUAAUAAUAAUAACUUUUCCGUAGUCCAUAAACUAAACAUUUCAUCCCAAUAUUUUUCAUGAAAAUCGUCGUUUAAGAAUAUAUUCUAACUGGCGUGAUGGGAUGAUGUUUGGUAUUAAAAUUGUAUAAAAUGAAAGAAAGAAAGAAAGAAAGAAAAAGA